AUGGCCAUUCCAUUCGGUUUCAGUUUCGGCGAGGUCAUUCAUGGAGUUGGAAUCCUUAGAAACGCAUUCACAGCAAUCGACGAUUCGAAAAAGGCAAACCCAGUCUUUGGGGAUGUUGCACAAGUUCUAUCCAACCUUCACAAGCGUCUCGACGGCAUCGAGAGAUUUUUGAGUGAUCCAUCAUUUGGGGCUCAACGUGGUUUGAUGAUGCAAGUUAUCAGUGCAUGCCAACACUGUAUAGAAAGAUUUGUGCAUCAAGGAUGCAGGUUAAACGGUAUCACCACCAAGGGAUCUUUGUGGUCUCACGAAGAGUUCUCCAGAAUCAUCAAAGAGAUCGAUUGGUUAGCUUGCAGGAAGUGGGAUGUAUCACAGUUCAGAAAAGAACUUUCGAUUCACGAAGACGCAGUAUCCGGUCUGUUGUCGACUAUGAUUAGCACCCGUGAGAUGGAGAAGGGACAACUUACCCGUCAAAUCAACGAUAUCGUUACCACUCAGCACAGAAAGGUUCGAGGGUUUAACAAGGCAACACCACAAGAUGUAGCAGCCAGCAAUGAGGUUUUGAAUGCACUCACUGUCAUCAAUCCGCUCAUUGGAAGAAGAGAAAUCGAGGCUCGUACGGAUCGUCUCUUGAGUAAAUCAUGCGACUGGAUCCUCAACAACAAAAGUUACAAGUCUAUGAUUGAGAGUGAUCAAUCUGACUUGCUGUGGGUUCAUGGACAAGCAGGAAAAGGUAAAACCAUGCUUUCUAUGUAUCUUGUCGACACACUCUCCAAACAGGUCGCUCAAAACCCUUGCGACCAAAUGGCCUACUUUUUCUGCGACAACAACACAGAUCAAAGAAACUCAACAUUACAUGCACUCAAGACCGUUCUUCAUCAAGUUCUGAAACAAAGUUCUCGAAAUGUGUUGUUGGAAGACUUCAAACGUCAUGGACCUCAAAUGUUUUCCACCAUCGAGGGAGUUUGGACUGCUUUAACCCGAGUACUCGAAGCUUCGACCACACGAAACCUUUACCUGAUCAUCGAUGGUCUCGAUGAAUGCACUGAGGAAUCUUUGGAAGUUUUCCUCAAGCUCGCUAGUACAUACAUUGCGUCUAACGCCGACGGACUUUGCAAUGUCAAGUGGAUCUUUACUAGUCGAAAUGAAACAAAGAUCGAGGAGUACUUGAAGUUAUCCUGGGUCGUAGACUUGGAAGAGUCCGCCACUGAGAUGACCAAAGCCGUUGAUACAUUCAUCACUCACAAGGUUGAUAUCUUGGCUACCAAGAAGAGAUUUGAUGCACCAUUGAAACAAUUUGUCACUGAUAAAUUGAGGGCGAAAGCUGAAGGAAACUUCCUUUUCAUCUCUCUUGCUUGCAAGGAACUCUUGAAGAAGAACGUUUCAUUCAUCAAUGUCAAGCUUGUACUGGGAAAAUUCCCCUCUGGACUUGAUGCAUUAUAUGCCAGAAUUCUCGAGGGAGUUUUGAAAUUGGGUGAAGAAGAUCAGCAAAAGGCCUUUUCAGUCUUCCGUGCAGUGGGUAUCGCUUUCAGACCUCUCAGUCUUCGCGAGCUUGCUGUCAUGGCAGCUUUCCCCGCAGCAGCCAUGGACGAUGAAGACAUUGUUUUGGAUGCUGUUGAACUAUGUGGAUCAUUUUUAUCAUUACACCGCGAUCACCCAUACUUUGUCCACCGUUCCGCAAAGGAAUAUCUUCUCAACCACGAAACGGCCGGUAUCUUCUCCUCGGAUCUCGAGUUUGAACACGAAAAGGCAGCUUUCAGAGCUCUCAAAUACACAACCAGAGAUUGGAAAUACUACCUCGAAAGUCUCGAAGAUGUUCCACUGUCUUCAUUGCAAGAUCAACCUUCCUCGGAAGAUAGUCUUCAAUAUCCUCUCAUCUACUGGAUCAACCACAGCAACAUCGCCGGAUCCCGCAUGAUGAGAUCCUACGCUCUCGACCGUCAUUUCUUCCGUCGCAACUGCGAUCUCCGCCGUACCUGGCUUCUCUACUUCAAAAAGCACCGCCACAUGACCAACUUCUCCGCCAUCCAAAAUGUUCAUUUCUCCGCCCUUCACAUCUCCGCUGUAUGCAAUACCUGGUGGGUUGCCGAGAUCCUUCUCAAGAACAGCAGCACCUACAUCGACGUUGAAGAUUCCUUCGGUCUCACUGCUCUCCACUGGGCCGUGCAUUGUGGAAACACCUCAGUUGCCAAGAUCCUCCUCCAGAAAGGCGCCGACCCCAACCACAAAGGUGGAAACACCGAUUACCAAAAUGGACCUCGCGAAGGCACACCGCUCGGUCUUGCCAUCUCCUAUAACAACCUCGACAUGUCGAAAUUACUCCUUGCCCAUGGCGCCGAUAUCGAUUGUCCAGAUCAUCACUUCACCACCCCGCUCGUGUGGACCAUCCGUAAGAAUCUCCCAAAAUCGACAAAAUUCCUUCUGCAGCGCGGCGCGGAUCCCAUCCUCAGAGAUGAGGAGGGAAAGACUCCACUCCAUGAUGCGUGCGCGAGGGGUCAUGAGAACAUCGCCAAGAUUCUCCUCAACCACGGUGCCGCCCCCGAUGCAAAAGACGAUAGGGAUAUAAGUCCCGCUGGGGAUGCGUGGAACGGGGGACACAAGGGAUGUAUCAAAUUGUUAGAUGCAUAUGGAGUUAAGACUCCAGAGGCGGAUAUGGAAGAGGAGAGUAAAUGGGGAAAAGGGGGUGAUCUACUCGCUGCGUAG